AUGAUUUUACCAAAGCAGUAUCGUUGCACACACUCCCCGAGCUGCCAGUGCACGAGAGGCCAUCUUAGCGAAGACGCGUUGUUAUUAGUGUUCCAGCAUUUGAAUUGGAAUCCGAAAUUGGUCGCAACGCUUUCCUGUGUAUGCAAAUGGUUCGAUGAUUUCGCCAAACGGGUGCUGUGGAAAGAGUUCUGCAAGACUCGUGCCCCAAGGAUGAUGCUUGAUCUGCAGUCUAGUGGUAGUCACUGCAUCGACGGUAACUGGCGAGCCCUUGGGAAGCUUCUCAUCUACUGCUCAGGGUGUACACAAGGCGGCCUUUUCAACAGCUCCGUUCAAAUCCCUGGCCACUUUGUUUACAGAACCAGGUUCUCGAGAACAUUGGGAAGAAGCCUCCUUCCUCCUCAAUGUAGAACCGACGUGCUCUACGUUUGUGAUCCGUGUGAGCAUCUUGACCAAGGAGAAGAAGGCGAUGUGGGUUUGUUCCGCGGGAUUUUCAAGUCGUUCCCGACAUCUAAAGUCAGGAAAGUUAUCAUUAACAAGGCGGUUCCGUUUCAUCCAUCCGAGGUUUGCCCGUAUUGUAAAGCUAGGCUAUGGAGCAUGCUACAAGCUAAGAUAAUACCUCAGAGUGCCUGCAUUCGCUUGGAGGCUUAUGAAGACUGCAUUGAGUAUUUCGUUUGCCUUAACGGACAUUUGAUCGGUAUCUGCACUCUCGCGCCUUUGUCUGAUUCAGAGGAUGCAAAUCCAAGCGAAGAUAGCAACCACAUAGAGAAGAAACAAGACAAUGGCUUUGCCAAAGAAAACAUAUUGAAAAGGAGAAAUUCUUUGUUGGGUGGAAGUGAAAAUGGACCUCCGCCUCAAAAACGACUGACCAAUUCGAGUCACUGUGACAUUGAUGUGUGA